GCUUAUUAUGAAGGCUAUCUGAAUUUCUUCCCUCCAAAAUGCUAAGGAAUAAUUUAGGCAACAAUUCAGACUCUAAGAAUGAAGAUGGCUCAGUCUUUUCACAGACUGAACACAAUAUUGUUGCAACUUACUUGAUCAUGGCAGGUAUGAUAAGUAUUCUCAGCAACAUAAUAGUUCUGGGCAUCUUCAUUAAGUACAAGGAACUUCGCACACCCACAAAUGCAAUUAUUAUUAACCUGGCUGUUACUGAUAUAGGAGUCAGUAGCAUUGGCUAUCCCAUGUCUGCUGCCUCAGAUCUACAUGGAAGUUGGAAAUUUGGAUAUGCAGGCUGCCAGAUUUAUGCUGGAUUGAAUAUUUUUUUUGGAAUGGCAAGCAUCGGAUUGCUCACGGUGGUGGCUGUGGAUCGAUAUCUGACCAUCUGCCGCCCUGACAUAGGGAGAAGAAUGACCACCAACUCUUACAUCGGCAUGAUUCUGGGGGCCUGGGUCAAUGGCCUGUUUUGGGCUUUGAUGCCUAUCACAGGGUGGGCUAGUUAUGCCCCAGAUCCUACUGGGGCUACUUGUACCAUAAACUGGCGGAAAAAUGAUGCGUCUUUUGUGUCUUACACGAUGACAGUUAUUGCAGUAAAUUUCGUUGUGCCCUUGAUGGUGAUGUUUUACUGCUAUUACCAUGUCACUCAGUCCAUUAAGCGUCACACUGCCACCAACUGCACUGAGUCCCUCAACAGAGACUGGUCAGAUCAGGUAGAUGUAACAAAGAUGUCUGUGAUAAUGAUAUGCAUGUUUCUGGUGGCGUGGUCCCCUUACUCCAUCGUGUGCUUAUGGGCUUCUUUUGGUGACCCAAAGAAGAUUCCUCCCUCAAUGGCCAUCAUAGCUCCACUGUUUGCAAAAUCUUCUACAUUCUACAAUCCCUGCAUUUAUGUGGUUGCUAAUAAAAAGUUUCGGAGGGCAAUGUUUGCCAUGUUCAAAUGUCAGACUCACCAAGCAAUGGCUGUGACAAGUAUCUUACCAAUGGAUGUAUCUCAAAACCCACUGGCUUCUAGAAGAAUCUGA